AUGGCACGGGUCAUCGUCUCUGGGACCUUGGGCUCCAUUUUCGUGGGCAUGAGCGGCGCCUCAAUAGGCGCCAUGAUCUUUGAUACCGCCACAAUCCCCUUUGUGGUGUCGGCCUGUGCUGGCUUCAUUCUCGGCGCUGUGGGCUUCUACCGCGAUGCCGUGCGAAAGUCGCAGCGGGCACUGGAUCGAUUCCCGCAGUUGCUCCAGCUGCAUCUGGACUCCAACUUCCCACACCGUGGCUUUGACACUUGGGACGCUUCGCGAUUUCGGAGCCGUGUCUUUGGGGGCAGCUGGGUGUUGCAGAGCAUGCUGGUUGCUAGCUGGAUGACGGCAACAGGCGCAAUUGAGCGCAUCUACGAAGCCGAAGAGGAACGCAUCCUCCUUCCUUUUGCCACUGCAGCACAGAACGUAAACGGUGAUGGUGACGGUGAUGACGGAGGACAUUGA